AGGGACGAAUGAAAGAGAUGAUACAAAAUCACCGGCGGGCAGUGGGCACUGCACUCGUCUUUGGCGCUUCCAUCCGCCGUCCUCUUUCACCCAGAAUCGUCUUGUCACUUCCAGCAUAUCCUGAAACAUGUCUCCCUCGCCGCCGCCCACCAACGUCCUCCUCAACCCUCUCCCCGAGCUCAUAUCCGCUCUCGCCUCGAACGCCUUUGGUAUACGACCCGGGCCAGACUCGGGCGUGGUGGAGGAAGCCACAUGGCCGCGGACGGAAGAGGAUGUGAAGCUAAUCAGGGCGCGACUGGGGCGAAACGGACUACUCGAGGAGAAGGAUGGCGAGGAGAAGGUUAGGGGGAAAGUGAAGGUGGGGUUAAUCGGGGGUGAAGGAGAUUUGGUGGUCGUGCUUGACCAGCGGGGAUGGACCAUCGAGUCUGCACAAGGCCCAGCAUCGACAACGUCCAAAAUUGGAACCACAUACGAAUCGCUAGAGACGUUGCUGAUAGCAACGAGUAAGAGCUACGCGGAGGCUAUGAAUCAGGAGAUUUGGAAACGGUUCGAAGGUUUCACGGGAAGGGAAGAUCAUGAAGAGCAUGCAGAGUGAUGAAUGAUGACCGAGCCUUCGGAAUGGCGAA